AUGCCGAGUUCGAUGCUGCUGCAGACUCUGGGCAAACGGCGGCACGUAGACAUGGCGAGGUCAACGCCUACGAAAAGCCGUCCCUCGUGGACCUCCCCAACUAUCAAUGGAAUCACUCUCACAAGUACUGGCACGAUGAGCACCGAGUGGACUCAUUGCAAGCCACGACCUCUGGGAUCCAAAGUGCUCGCGGCAAACUGGCAGCCCCGUGCUGGACGAGAAUCAUCCGACUUGAGGACCAGUCAUGGCCAUGGAAGCUGUAUAUCAGGCCACUGUGUGAAUGUCUGGGCCACGCACGGGAAACCCACUCAGGUGGCGCAUCACCUUGAGAAUCCCCGUGAUUUCCGGAGGCUCGGCAAGAUUGAGAAUGCCCGGGUCAUGGUCUCGGGGGGUGCUUAUGACCCAAAGAUGGGAAUGCAUCCUCCAGAUCAAGGCAUGCGCUUCAGCUAUAUCGAACGCCCGCGCGAACGGUGGAGAGAAGAGACAUCCAUUCUCCCAGACUAG